GAUUUCCUUCCUAAUUAUAACUGUCUUUGUGCCUCUACCUAGGCAGCUUUCUAGGAAAGCUCUCUUCUUGCUCUCGUUAGCCUAAAUAAGUACUAAGUUGGUUCAAAAAAUAAUUCAUGUUUUAUAUUAUUCUAUUGUAUAUUCAUUAGCCUUCUUUUUCAAUUGAUGAGUUUAUUAAGCGAUUGAUUUUUGAGCAAAGGGACCAACCGCCUGAAUUCGCUGCUUCAUAUAAGGGUAUUUAUUUAUUUUUUUUAUUUUUUUUAGAGGAGAGACUUUGUCCUUCGUUGAAUUGGCUUCAAAAUACUGUAUUUUGCUUAUAGCCAGUUAAUUGCAACUUAUUUGCAAUAUGAUGUUUAGCUCCAAAAAUCACAUAGAGCAGGAUGCUUCUACGUUUGCUAAAAAACAUGAUCUUCGAAAAUUUAUCCUCAAUCAUUCCUUCGUUUCGUCAAAGCUUUUUGGAUUUACCUUUAUUUUACUUUAUUUCGUUUUGUUGAACCUAAAAAUCCAAAAAGCUACUAUACAGGUACCUUUUCAUUUGGUGUUUGGCAUAUUUUUGUUUAUUAGUUUUGUAACUCAAUAUCUGGGUGUCUAUUCUUAUUCGUAUCAACCGUUUAAAAUCCAAAAUGUGUUCAUUUCAGCGAUUUCUAUGAACUUACUAACUAUUGGUGCCUCCAAUUUUGGGUGUCUUGAAUCUCUUUGUUUAUGCGUUUUAUCCUAUAAGUUAUUUAAUCACCGAUCCGAAUUAUCUAAUCCUUUUAGGGCCCUUACUUCUUUGAAAAACUACCUUUUAAUUCCGUUAGUGUGCAUCUUAUUCAGCCUAUCUUCUAGUUUAUCUGCUAAGCCAGAUUCUUCUGUUAGCACAACAUUAGCUAGCAUCUUAUAUGUAACCUUUGCUGUUUGUAUGCGUGCCUUUUACCUAGAAUCUUCGAAAAAGCAAGAGAAAGCGGGUCUUAAAUUAAUUCUCUUUUCUUUGUUAUUAUGCUGCUUCAGCCAAUUUGGUUUGCUUCCAUUGCAAUCUCUUGACAUAUCUAUGACUCCUUUUGCACUCUCGUCUUUGAUUUCUAUAUUUUGCAUGAACUAUAAUGAUCUGGAUAGUAUGAAUUACAACUUAGACUUCAGAGACGUUCGUGUCCUGUUAGCAUUUGGUUCUGUUGCCGCGUACCAUUUUGUAUCAAAUGGGCUUUUGAAGGGAAUCAUAAUAAUGUAUCAGCUUUAUUUUUCUUACUUUCAUAUCGGCUCAGAGUUCACAAACACUUUAAAGCUUCCAGACAACAGUCGCGUUGUUUAUGUAUAUAAUACCUUUGUGGUUAACGGAAUACUUGCUGAUAAGGAAUCCAGAAGUAUCUUUUUCUUUUUUCUCUUGAAUCUUUUUUACAUGGUGGUACAAGUUUUUUAUGGCUUUUACACGAAUUCUUUAGGGUUGAUUUCUGAUGCCAUACAUAUGGCAUUUGACUGCAUUGCCGUUUUCGUGGGCUUAGUCGCAACUGUUUUGGCAAAACUUCCUUCGAAUUAUGCAUAUCCUUUUGGGUUUGCAAAAGUUGAGGCUCUCUCUGGUUUUACGAAUGGGAUUUUUCUGAUCUUGAUAUCGUUCUCCAUUGUAUGUGAGGCGUUUUAUCGGUUGUUCCAUCCCCCUAAAAUGAAUACUGAUCAACUUUUACUUGUAAGUUUCCUUGGUUUGAUCGUGAAUCUAGUAGGUAUAGUCGCCUUCAAUCACGGACAUGCCCAUAAUCAUGGGGCGUGCUCACAUUUCAGUAAAGAUUUAGCACUUCCCAACAACACUAAUGAUGUUAAUAUAUACGAGGAAUUCAAUAAUCAUCAUCGCGACUUGCGAACACACUCUAUUAUCGAUGACUAUCAGGACGAACGCAAGCACGAGCAUUCUCCAAUACUUCAUGAUGACUUAGUUCACUUCGAUUCACAAAAAGAGCAAAAAUAUUUGUCUCAUGCCGAUCAUCAUUCACAUAGCCACCAUCAUCAUCAUCAUCAUCAUUCUGAAAACGACAAUAUGCAAGGAAUUUUUCUUCAUAUAUUAGCAGACACCAUGGGUUCUGUGGCCGUGAUUGUUUCUACAUUCCUUAUCAAAUGGUUUUCUUGGACAGGUUUCGACCCUUUGGCCUCUAUAGUAACUGCCGUUUUGAUAUUUUUUUCAGUCAUACCUCUUAUAAAAAAUUCAGCGAAAAACCUAUUAACAGUAACGGAUGCAGAGUCAGAAUAUGCCCUGAAACAAUGUCUUUCAGAUAUCAGUGUUAUGAGAUCUAUUAUUAGCCUGUCUAAUCCAAAGUUUUGGAAUAAUGAAAAAGGAGAGCUGCAUGGGACCUUACAUCUUCAAGUCAGUAUAGAAGGUGAUUUGAAUGUUACGAGGGACGAGAUAUAUAGAAAACUAAAAUCGGCUCUGCCAAACCUAAGAGAUAUAUGUAUACAAGUUGAACGCCCUAACACUUGUUGGUGCGGUAAAUAAAUAUUUAAUCUAUAUAAAAUAAUCACAUAAACCUUUCC